AUGUUCAUAAUACUCGCAGCUACAUCAUUGCUUUACAUCUCAUAUAUACUCUUAUCAGCCAUCAAAACCAUCUACUUCCAUCCAUUAAGCCACAUCCCGGGCCCAAAAUGGCGGAUCGCAUUUCCCCUCCUACAGCACCUUUCAGCCAUCCGCGGAAGACUAGACCUAGACCUUCGCUCCUGGCAUGAGAAAUACGGAGACGUCGUACGCUCCGGCCCGGACGAGGUUACCUUCAUCACCGCGGACGCCUGGAAGGAUAUCUACGGCCAUGGCCACCGCCAGCUCCCGAAAGUGCAAAUUUGCACCAUCCACGGCAAGGACAUCUUCAGCGCCAACGACGUGGACCAUGCUCGGUUCCGAAAGGCGCUCUCGCACGCGUUCUCGGCCAAGGGCCUGCAGGCACAGGAGUGCCUCGUCACACGGUACAUCGAUAAACUGAUCAAGCGACUGAAGGACUUCGCGGAGACGGGGCGGGCGGCGGAUAUGGGCAAGUGGUAUAAUCUGGCGACGUUCGACCUUAUCGGGGAUCUUGCUUUUGGCGAGCCGGUGAUUCUCGCGUUUCACCCGGGAUCGUUAAUGGAGAUGAGAAGCAAGCAGGUCGAGCAUGCGAAGGCGACUGUGCGUAAACGGUUGAAUAGCUCGGCGGCUGGUCGCGGAGACUUUAUGGAUUCGAUGCUGCGGCAUCAAGGGGACAAGGACGGGUUGAGUCUGGAGGAGCUGGAGGAAAAUGCGAAUGUCCUCAUUCUGGCUGGGAGUGAGACUACGGCUGCACUCCUGUCCGGCGUUACGUACUGGCUUCUUCGGACCCCCGAUGCGCUUGAUAAGGUGACACGCGAGGUGAGAGCGGCGUUUGCAUCGGAGACGGACAUCACGUUCAACCAGGUCACGGCAAAAUUGCCAUACAUGCUGGCAUGCCUCAACGAAGCCUUUCGGCUGUAUCCUCCUGUACCAGGGGACUCCAGCACCAAGGUCUCUGUCCACCAGUUGUCCGCGUAUUCGUCACCGAGGAAUUUCCACCAAGCAGACCGAUUUAUCCCUGAACGAUGGCUACCAGAGGCGAUCGAGGACCCUGCAUCGCCCUUUUUUUCGGACAACCGCGCCGUCUUUCAGCCAUUCUCGGUCGGGCCGCGGAAUUGCCUCGGCAGGAACUUGGCUUACACUGAGAUGCGUGUGAUACUUGCACGGGUGCUCUGGACUUUCGACCUGGAACUGUGUGAGGAGAGUCGUGAUUGGAAGGAUCAGAAGGUAUUUGUGAUAUGGGAGAGGAGCCCAUUGAUGUGCAAGCUUACCAUGCGAGACGAUCGUGGGGAUCUUCAAGGGGGUUGCUGAAGAGAUUAUAUUGCAGCGUCUUCACGCGGUGCGUUUUCAAAAAAGUGACACCAUAAGUACCACGAGUCUGUAUAAUCAAUUCAUCUAUG